AUGAAGAUACUAACAGAGAGAGAUUCAUUUUUAUCAAAUUAUGAAGUAACGCAACAUUUAGAGUCCUUGAAGAAGAAAUAUCAUUGGACAUUUGAACCAAAUGAAGAUUCAAAAUAUAAUCAUAAAAGAAAAGAUAAGAAGUAUUAUACUGCUUGUGGAAUUAAUUUAGAAAUUAUUACAAAAAAUGUAUUAUUAUGUUUAGAAAAUAAUGCAAGUAAUGUUAUUCAAUCAGAUGAAAGUUUUAAAUCAUUAAUGGAAUUUUUAAAUACUUUUGAAUUAAUGAAAAUUGAAAAAUUACAAAUUAUUAAUAGUUUACCAAGAUCUUUAGUUGUUCUUUAUGCUAUUGUUGAAGAAUGUGAAGAAAGAUUGGGUGAAGAAACAAGUGAGAGUAUAAUUGCUAAAAUUAAUGAAUUGUUCCCUAUCGAACAAGAAGAAGAAGAAGAAGGUGAAGAAGGCGAAGAGGAAGAACAAGAAGAAGAUGUUGAAAUGGAAUAA